AUGACCCCAACUCGCUCUCGACGAACUAUUCGCCCGCACUGGCCGCCUGGCAUCACCAAGAAAAACGCCGCUCAGCGAAUCUUCAACAUACCAGAGCUGGUCUCUGAGACUGUCCACUGGCAGGUCCAGGGACUUGACGACUUCAUGUACAAAGUCGCGGGGCAUCGGGGGAAAGAAGCACUGGCCUCGUUGGUCACCGUCAACACCGGGGAUGUCCGUGUUGCUGACGCCGCGCUGAGGGAUGUUCGUUUCCCGAAGCUGCGGGGCGAAUUAGUCACUGUCCUCUCCCUCAGCAGCUAUGGCAGAAGGGAGCCAGAAUGGAGAUGGCCUCUCCACGGAUUGCCCGAAGAUUGGGCAAAAUUGUUCAGACGGAUCUCGGUUCUCUUUCUAAAUCUCGAGAAAGUCGAGAUCGGACACAACGUCCUUGUCGCCGAUAAGGUUGUCAAGAACUUCGCUCGUCGGUACCCAGCCCCUAAGGACCCUUGA